AUGGCCGAUUACACAGUAGCUACAACUAUCAGCGUAACAGUUUUGAUAUAUCUUUCUCAAAAAUUGUGGUCCCAUUUUCAUUUUUUCCUUCAUGAAUCAAAAAACCAGGUUGGUGGUAUUCUGCAGCCCAUUGACAAAAGGCUUGUACACAAGAUCGGAGAGCUUGUUGGCGAAGGUGUGAAAACUGUGGACGAGAUGAAAAGACAUCUUCGGCAAUUUGUAAAGACUGAACUGUUCCCAGAGCAAACUCCACCAUCAUCUACAAAUAGACGAUAUUAUCCAACAGAUGUGGAUGUAAGGAACCACAUGUACCAGGCCUCAGUGAAAAAACUGCUGUCCAAAACUGAUCAGGAGAACCUUGAAAAGAAAAUUAAAAGUUGGCAUCAGGAGAAACCUCAAGAUUCAUUCUAUUUUAGACCCUAUGAUCUUCUAUUUGCUCAUCAAACAGCCUGGCAGAAAAAUCUUAUGGUCCGUUAUGGAAAUGAAAUCACCCUUCUUGACGCAACAUACAAGACAAUGCGAUAUGAGCUCCCUCUAUUUUUUCUAGUGGUGAAGACAAAUGUAAAUUACAUAGUUGUUGGUUCUUUCAUCAUUCAAAGGGAAACCACAGCUUUAAUACAGGAAGCACUAACAAUCUUCCAUGACUGGAAUGCCAACUGGAAACCCAAAUUCUUUAUGACUGACUUUUGCCAUGAGGAGAUCCAUGCCAUUGAGAGCACAUUCAAAGAUACAACUACAUAUAUUUGUGACUUCCAUCGUGAACAGUGCUGGGAAAGAUGGCAACGAAAGUCUGAAAAUCGGUUGACUGACAACAGAGAAGAGGUCCUAUCAUUGCUACCUAACAUUGCAAAAUCAUCAACAGAAGAGUUGUUUGAAAUAAAUUUGUCUUCCCUCAAGGAGAGUGCACUUUGGCGGGCUAAUCCCAAGCUCAGGAAGUGGUUUGAAAAAACUUGGCUCAUAGAGUCUGAGCGAUGGGUGUGGGCUUUCAGGCGAGACAGAUUUAUGUUAAAUAUCAACACCAACAAUGGCAUUGAGCGACAGAAUGAGUCCUUGAAAUACCAGUACCUGAAGGACCGAAAUAACAACAGCCUCAGUGGGAUGAUUACAACAUUAAUUGAGGAAUUUUUACCAGACAAAUACAGAAGGUAUGUGGAGCUCAAUACAAAAUGCAGUGAACAGUACAGGCGUUACAACUCAGAUGUGCCAAAAUACUUGCACAAUAAACCCAGACCGUUUAUUAACCAUUGCAGACAGAGAAUAAGAUCAGCUGUUGAAGUGGAACCUCACCACAUUAAGGAAGUUUGCACUGACACAGAAGUUGGUCAAUUCCAAGUGAGAUCACUCUCAAUAAACACUUGGUACAAUCUGUCUUUUGGUUCCAGGGAUGUAAUGCCACAUUGCAGCUGUCCUGAUUUUUGCCAUACUGGCCUGCUAUGCAAGCAUUUUUUUGCAAUUUUCAACUACUUCCCCACCUGGCAGUGGGAUACAUUACCAGAAAAAUAUCGCGAAAACCCUUAUCUCUCACUAGACAAGGAGCAUGUGUUUGCUGAUUUUACUAAAUACAAAAGUAACAAAGAAAAUGACAAUGUUCUUGAUGAAGAGAUACCAGAAAAACAGCCAGAUGACAAAGCAGUAGUCCCACAACAGAAAAUAAAAGGUAUUGAAAGCCAAAUCAGGCAAGAGGCAAUAAUAUGUAGGGAGAAACUUAAAGGACUAACAUCUCUGACAUACAAUAUUGAAGAUGAAAGUGUCCUCAAAGACCUAAACAGUUCUCUUGAAGUCUUACUCAAUAAGUUCACAACUUUUCAAACUAUUGAUGAAAAGGAAAACUCAUCACAAACAUUGAUUAAUCAACAAAGUAGCAAGAAACAACUCCAAUCAUCCUUUAUAAAUUACCUGCCAUUACCUGUGCGCCCAAAGAAAAGAAGAUUUCGGAACAGAGUUGGAGAAUUUGCAUCUAUGAUGCAAAAACACUACAAAGUUCAAGUUCCUGUUAACAGCAUGCAAGCCAAGAGGUCCAACUCAAAGAGUGUUCUUAAACGAAAGAAAGGUUCUAAACACCCCUCUUCACCAAAGAAACAGCGCACUGAAGAACAGAACCACCAUGUCCAAAAUGAAACUAAAACAAGCAAUGAUCCUUAUGCUACUCUAAGGGAAUACAUUAUCUCCAAAGAGAAAAAAUCUCCUCUUGGUAACGAUCACGAAAAGCAGGAAAGCAUUCAUGCUCCCCAUGCAACUAACAUACCAAAAAGAUGCAUUUCUCCUUCUUCAAAAAUGCAAGGUGUGCAAAAACAAUCUAUCGAAGUGAAAGAGGAGCAUUUCAGCAACAGUCAGCUAUCAACAUUUAGCAACUGCCCAUCAUCGAAAGUCAGCAACAGUCUCCUAUGGACAAUCAGCAACAGUGAGACAUCAACAGUUAGUGAUUGUCACAUAACAAAAGUCCUUGUGAGUCCAUCAACAACAGUCAGCAGUGGUCAGUCCUCAACACUCAGCAAAAGCCAAACAACACUUGUCAGCAAUGGCCAGUCAUCAACAGUCAGCGAAAGUUUGUCACUGAUGGUCAGCAAAGGUCAGUCAUUAACAGUUGGCAACAGUUUGUCAUCAACAGUCAGCAAAGGUCAGUCAUCAACAGUCAGCAACAGUUUGCCAUCAACAGUCAGCAACAGUUUGUCAUCAACAGUCAGCAAAGGUCAGUUAUCAACAGUCAGCAACAGUUUGUCAUCAACAGUCAGCAAAGGUCAGUCAUCAACAGUCAGCAAAAGUUUGUCAUCAACAGUCAGAAAUGGUCAGUCAUCAACAGUGAGCAAUAGUCAAACAUCAAAAGUCACCAAUGGUCAGUCAUCAACAGCCAGCCACAGUUCAUCAUCUACAGUUAGCAAAGGUCAGUUUGGCAAAUCUACUUUAGGAAAUACCAUAAUUGUUGAUGAAAAUUCAGCAGAUCCUGCAUCGUGGGUAACAAUAGCAAAUUGUUAUCCUGACGAUCCAGAUUACAAACUUAAUCUCUACCUAGAAAGCAAGACAACAAUUUUACAGAAGAACCAUUGGCUCUUUGACUCUGAGAUCCAUGCAGGGCAAAUGCUUCUCAAGAGACAAUUUCCCUUCAUAGAUGGGCUGAUUGAUCCAGUAGUAAAGGGGUCUCUUGUUGUCCCUGCUGCAUCAGAGUUCAUUCAGAUCAUAAAUACUGGGUCACACUGGGUAUGUCUUAGUACAAUUUCAACCACACCUACUUCUGGUACCGUCAAGAUUUUUGAUAGUCUCUACAAAAAUAUGAAUUCAACAUCAAUAGAGCAUGCUUGUCGCAUGUUGAUGUAUCCUGGAGACAAAGUCACUUUUGUCAAUGAGAAAGUCCAGCGACAAGUUGGAGGUAGUGACUGUGGUCUGUUUUCCCUGGCUUUUGCAACUGAUUUGUGUCAUGGUAUAGACCCAACAAAUCAGAAGUAUCAUCAAGAAUCUUUGCGACAACACUACGUUGACUGCCUGGAAAAUGGAGAAAUGUCACCAUUCCCCAAAACUGAAAAGAGAGUGCCCUGCCACUUGAGCAGCAUCAAGUCCUCUGUUGCUAUUUACUGUGUCUGUAGACUACCAUACAAUAGAGAAGAAUAUGUUCAGUGCAGUAAUGACAAAUGCAAAGAAUGGUAUCAUCCCACCUGUGUUAAAAUACCAACCUGGGCAAUAAACAGCAACCGCAACUGGAGAUGCCACAAAUGCAAAGAGUAUGCAAAAGUUAAGUCAUUGUCAAGAAGCUGACCUAUUUAAGGUGGUUCAAACAUUUUGCAAAGUGAUGAGGGAUACCUAGCCUCCAAUGUGUGAUUUCAACUCAAAGCAAACUCAGUGACCUCCAUUUUUGCCAUGAAAAAUAAAUUACAUUAAAUUAGUAAACCGUGUAAAUUAAUUGUGUUGAUUGAAAGUUUCCCUGGUACUAUUUCCCCAAAAAGUUUCCAAUAUAUUAUGAAGAAAAGAUUACAAAAAAGUUCUUGGUUUAUUUGGAAUAUUUUUCGAUCAUUAUGCAUUAAAAGUUACAAUUGUAAUACGUAUUUAACAAUUAUUCCAUAAGUGCGCAUUGGAUAUGAGAUGAUAGAUAGCCAACG